AUGGAGGGGUCCAAUACGGUGGAUGUGAGCUGGCUCCAUCAUUCGCAUCGAGCGGAACAGUUACUUCGAACCAAAGCCGCCACAUCCUCAGUGCACGAAAAGACCAACGGACCGGCAGAUUCCAAACUUGAGCGAAGCGGCUCGAAUAAGGAGACAUCGCAACGAUCACCCGAUGAACCGCCGCAAUCUACGGGCACUUCUCAACCAAAAACCAACGGCCCUCAUACAGAGCAGCCACCGUCUAAUAUGCGCAAUGCGCCGGAGAAGAAAGCAGCAAUAAACCCUCCAGCUACACCCGUCAAAGGAAGCGCUCCGAAGGCUGUACCAGGAAGGCGGAAUUCGUGGAUUUCGUCGAUUAGCUCCAAGUUCACUACUGGUACAACGCCACCAGGACAAGGUGCUGCUCUUCACGUCGCACCAAAGUUGAGCCCGCCGGUCAAACCAGAUAUCAACCCGUUCGGAGCUUCGUUUUCUCCCAAGGAUAAAGAUCCGGUCAUAGGCGAGUCGCCCAAUGCUUUUACGUCCACGACAUCCUCGCCGAAGAAUCCCUCAUUUUUACAGAAUGCAUUUCGAAAGUUUUCAUCCGGUGGUGGCGGAAUGGGAAAGGCUACAAACAACGGCGGUAUUUGCGAGCGCAGGAUAAUGAAUGUCGAUCCCAACAGAGACAGAUGCAAGGUUCCGGAGCUGAGUCAAGGGAAAUUGAAACGUGUCGCCUUUUGUGUUGAUGUUGAGAUAGCCGGCUUUGCUUCGCGCGAAGAUGACGAGGUGACCAAGCGCGAGCCCACGAAUGUGCCUACUUCACAGGCGUCCAAGUUGAAGGCGAAGGAGAAGAGCGAAGGAUCAGCUUUGAAGAAUCCCGAGGCUUCUCCAGAAAUCACAAAUGAGCCGAAACCGAACGAUGUGGAUCAGCCUUCGCCAACUCUAGGGGUCAAUGGUGAUGCUACCGCCGAUGUACGGACCAAGGAGCCUACCAAGAAGCAGGAAAAAAAGAAACGCUCAGAAGAGGAACGAAAGGAGCGCAAAGAGAGGAAGAGAAGACAAGCAGAGGAGAAUGGGACUAUCCCCAUGCAAUUUAGACAAGGAGAGGAUGAACAGCCCGCUGUGCCAACAGCAGCGCCAAGCGGUACUCGCUCCAAGACUCAAAGUCAUCCUACUACUGACCCUCUUGUGGAGCAAAUGACUUCACCAUCAUCGACACUUGUUGAAGCUCCUGGUACCGUGGCCGUGUUAGAUCUGAGUGAUUUUCCCAUGACUUUGCAAGAUAUUGUUACUUUUAGUGAUUGGCUUGCAAUCGUUCCUGUUCGAAAAUUGAUACUAGAGAACUGUGCUCUCACAGACGAAGGUGUGCGCUCAAUAUUGGCCGGACUUUUAUCUACAAAGACCAUGCAACAAGCUCGAAAUAGACGCCGAUCUACGAAGGAAAAGCUCGCAUCUGUUCCGCCACUUUUUGGAGUAGUGGAAAAAGUCUCAUUGAAAAACAACACCAAGAUUGGCCCCGAAGGUUGGCGUCAUAUCUGUCUGUUUAUUCACCUCUCAAAAUCGCUCAAAGCGAUUGAUCUUUCUGGCAUUCCUUUUCCGAAGAAAAUUGCCAAUGGUUCAAGCCCUUUGAAAGCGGGUGACUUGGGGAUAACGCUUGCCAACUCACUUACCACCCGGUUUGGUGGCGAUUACCUUGAGGAAUUACUUCUCAGCGAGUGUCAGCCGUCCACAGAAGAUAUAGAAAAAAUCUGCAAUGCUGCAGCCACUAUUAAGUUACGACGACUGGGCUUGGCUAAUAAUAAUAUGACUCGGGAAGGAUUGGAGCAUGUUGUCCGCUAUCUUCGAUGUGGCAAUUGUGAGGGAAUUGAUCUCGGAGGAAAUGAGUUGCACGAUCAUUUGAACCUACUUACGGAUGCCAUUGAUUCUGAGAACCCUCUGUUGGCAUUGAGUUUGGCAGACUGCUCAUUGACACCGGCUACAGUAUUCCCUCUGCUCCAAGCUUUUCCGACCCUACCCAAUCUCCGUUUCAUUGACUUUUCACAUAAUCCCGCUCUAUUCACCACCCAACCGGAUUGUUUAUCCAUGCUUAGGAAAUUUCUGCCGAGAAUGGCGGCCUUGAAACGAAUACAUUUGGCUGAUGUAGAUCUUUCGCCUGACCAUGCAAUCGCGCUUGCAGAGGUUUUGCCUGAGUGUCCCAGUCUUUCUCAUCUGAAUAUUUUGGAAAAUCCACGAAUUGCAAGCCUAGGAUCAUCCAGCGACCCGGCUGAUCAAGAGGAAGCGUGCGCAGUUUAUGCCUCUUUGAUGGCUGCUGUUCGAGUUUCACGUACUCUGAUUGCAGUAGAUAUCGAAGUUCCUACUGCAGAGAGUAAUGAGGUCGUCAGGGCAUUGGCUUCUCAAAUUGUCGCCUAUUCUCUGCGGAAUCUUGGUGCUCUCGAGGAACUCAGCGAUGCCAGCCAAGUUCAACGCUCGGAAGUGCCAAUUCCCGAAGUACUACAGCAUCUUGUGGGACACACUGGUCCUGUUUUGUCCACCGAGGACGAACCUGCGCCAAACGAAGACUACGUUAUCGGAGGAACAGGUGUGGUGAAAGCACUUGGUGUGUGUCUCGGCAACCUUGACCGUCAGCAGGCUGAAAUUGGAGGAGGGUCAAGACCUGGAAGUGGUCGCUCAACGCCUGUUCCUCAAGUCACAUCAUCUAUGCAGAAGACCAAGAAAGCGAGAGAUAUGUCGAAGAACCUACUCGGGUCUGCUCGUAACAUCCAAGCUAGGAUCAAAAUCGCGCUGGUUCGGGAGGACAGGGCUGGCAAUGAUGCCAACUACAGGCGACUGCAAUUCCUCGAUCAAACUCUCCAGAAGAUCAUCACGCGUUUCGAAGAAGAGUUCCCUGAGUGCCGUGUAUCCGCAGACAGUCAAACAGAGGAAACUUCGUCCCAACGAUCCAGCGAAGACAGCCACGAACCUAUUACAGCGGUUGAUAGUGCUGUCUACGUUCCUGACAUUUCUACUGCCGAGGAUGAAGAGGCAGAUCCAUUCGCUAUUCGUCUAUCACGCCGAGGCUCUAACACUUCGCUUCACUCUCGAGCACUGACAUCAGAAGAAGGUCGUCUUCACAGGAUCAGUCAACAUCUUCGAAGAGACUUUCUCAACCCAUCACUCAUUGCCCCUGAAGACGGCGGUGCUGUAUCUGGUGACGACUCUCAUAUCAACGCGCUGCGCGAGAAACUCCAGAAUCUUAAAGGGGACGAGAAAAUGGGUACCCACCCGGAGAGCGUUGGGGCCGACAAGGCUUUCCACGAGCUGGGCUCCACAGUGGAAGAAUUAUGGAUCAUCCAGCAACAAGAUCAAGACGCUUUCGAGCGAUGGAAGCAGAGCCAAAUCGCUGCUCAGAUAAACGCUGGCCUACGAUCGCCGCCAUUCCAAGCUGGAGAGUCUUCUUCAUCGCAGCCUAGCAAAUGA